CACACCCAGACUGAGCCAUGUCUGGCAUCCUCUCUGCACGGAAAAGAAAGAAUAAGUCAGUGGAAGAAAAGAGGAGGCAUGCAGUAUUUGUCCACAAGGAAGACAACAAAAAAAACAUUGUGUUUGAAAAUGGACUGAGAGAGCCCGGCAGCUCUUAGUGACUGGUGCUGCUGAGCACCAACCUCUCGCUCUCUUCCCUCCCGCAGCUCGGCACCAUCCGAGGGAGGGAAGGGUGGCGGCUUCCAGGGAUUUCUGCGCCCAGGAUUUGCUUCAAUAUGAGAGGAUUUGGACCACGUUGGUGACCGAGGUGUACCUACACAGACCGUUGUCCAGGCUAUGGUCCUGACUGAGAAGCGGGACGGAGGAUAAGACCAUGGGAGCCAAACAGAUGAAAUGUCUCAGCUCAGCCAGCCCGGCUCACUCCCCCAAAGAGGAGUAUGCCGUUACCCGGUCCAGCGACGCCCCUGAAGAGGAAACCAUCCGUGAUCAGCCGGAGGACCGGAGGGCUGCCGGCGUCGACAGACCCGAGCUGACGGACAAGAGACAUGUCGCAGGGGAGGUGUCGCUCUGUGGGUUGUGCCCUUCUCUUGGGCGUGAUGGGCAAGUGGAAGGGAAGUCCUGGAUGGAGCAGCUGGACGCCCACCAGGAGCAGCUGGAGAAGGAGAUGCAGGAGGCCAGACGGAUGGUGUUUCGCCUCCAGGCUUUGCUCCUCAAUGGCUCCCUCCCAGAGGAGGACCAAGAUGGAUCAGUGAGCUUCGGUGACAACCGGGCUAACGCCGAGCAGCAGCUGGUUGUCGUCCGCAGCCGCCUCGACCAAAGCACAGAGGAAGCCCUUGAUCUCAAGCGGGAACUUCUGAGACACAAACAAGAAGCACGCCAAAUUCAGGCCAUAAAGGAUGCUCUGCAGCAGCGGCUGUCUGUGCAGGAGGAUGCGGUGCUGCAACUAAAACAGGAGCUACUGAGGAGCAACAUGGCCAGAGAUCAGUUGGAAGGCGAAAAUGUAGUGCUCAACGACAAGCUGGGCGAGCGCAACAAAUUACUGAGCGAAUACGAGCAAGUCGGGAGGAAGGACAGACUGAUGCAGCAGCAAAAGCUUGAUGAGGCUCAGCACAAAGCAAAGUCAUUCCGAAGUGAGGGUGGUGGUUACAGUCGCUCUCCUCCUGCAUUCCAGCACAGUGCCCCCGGAGAGGAGCUCCAGCUGGUGAGGGAGGCCCUGCGUAGUUUGAGGGACAGCUUUUCAGGCCACGACCCCCAGCAUCACACCCUGGACACCCUGGAGCAGGGUGUGUCCAGUCUAAUGGACCGCCUGCUCUCUGCGGACACCCAGCGGCGACAGAACAGAGGGGAGGAGUUUAAAUCACCGGGUCGCAGAGCCAACUCUACAGAUCGUGACUCAUGGCCACCAAGCUUCAAAAUGGCCCACUCUCACAGCAGCCCUGGGUUGGAUGCCUCCGUGUCCACCAAAGUGCUCUACUUCACCGAUCGCUCGCUCACACCAUUUCUGAUCAACAUCCCCAAGAGGUUGGGUGACGUGACGCUGCGAGACUUCAAGGCGGCCGUGGACAGACAAGGCAGCUUCAGAUACCACUUCAAAGCUCUCGACCCGGAGUUUGGCACCGUCAAAGAGGAGGUGUUCCAGGACGGAGCGGUGGUGCCCGGCUGGGAGGGGAAGAUUGUAGCUUGGGUAGAGGAGGACCACGGAGAGAGGAAGUAGAAACCCCCCCCCCCCAAAAAAAAAAAACCCAACCUCAAUUGUGUCCGUCAGAUCAGAACUUGAAUGGAAAUACUCGGGACCAAUGGACUGGAAUAAGCGGUUUGAAUGUUUCAUGUCGAGGAAUGCUCGUUAAGACACUGUUUACACCUCAUGAAGGCAACGCCGGUUAAUUAGCUGAACGAGUUCCACGAUGAAUAACAGAGUUGAGAUAAUGGACGGAUGUUCACUGCCAUUUUCCACAUACCCGAUUGCCAAAUAGUGAUGUUUGCCUUUUAGUGUCAACCAAUAUUUAAAUAAACAUCAAUUGUUGCAUGGAU